AUGUUCUUAACAGGUGGAUGGGCUGAUGGUGAGCACCGUGACACGCUCGUUCGCUACCUUCUUGACGAACUACAUGCAUAUGAAACCGACUAUAGUGAUGCCCUUGCCCCCAUCUCCCGUGGCACUGAUGCCUCUCUUGCUGGUGAACAUGCACUUACUAGACCAGCAUCCACAGAAGAGCUUCACAUGGUGCAUGCAUCUGUUGCGGCAGAUGUCAACAGCCUGCGCAAUGACAUGCGCUCCCUAACAAGUGUUGUAGUGCAGGCUGCCUGCAGCACAGCAAUCACUCUCCAACACAUCAAUUUGAGCCACCACUUUACCAAUGUCUUUGAGUGUGCUUCCCGCACAACAACUCCACCAUAUACCACACAACCUGUCGGAAGAGCACCCACCACAGUCGAACGGCCACUCUCACCCAGACCUGUUGUCAGCCCAAUGCCUACCAUGACCCUAUCCACCUCCAGCACAUCACGACAGCCCCGAGUCCCCACCACAGCAUCCAGGUCGCAGAAACUCCCUACGCCUGGCCUCAUAAUCCCUCAGGUUCCAGUCACUCAUCCCAAUGGCACUUCCAGCCCAAAGAACAAAUCCUGGAAGGAAAUCGUCAAGCACUGGCUUAUUGGCGAUUGGGACCGAGGACUGAUGACACCAUUGAAGGAUUGGCCAAGGGAGUGGUACCAAGGCGCCAAUAGACAGUAUGAGUCAAAUGAGGCGCGCUUCCUCACAGCCUAUCCAGAGGCUGAGCUCGGCCACACACAACUUCUGAAGGCCGUGAACCAGGCAUGCACUGCACAAGGGGACCACAUCUCUCGCAACAAAUGA